UCAGUAGGCUAUUGGCUUUUGCCAUUUCCAGAACAGUUUGUAGAGGACACGUGCCGGAGCCAUGGACAUAAGCGUUGUAAAUGCUCUCACAUACGAGGAAUUUGUGAAUUUAUUCGGUAAUGUGGUAGAGAAAUGCCCCAUCAUUUCUGCUGCAAUAUGGUCCCACCGGCCUUUCAAAGAUCUUGCAGACAUCGAGGCUCACAUAAUGGGAUUCAUUCACAGUCUACCAGACUCAGGUAAAGAGGGCAUUUUGCGGUGUCAUCCUGAUUUGGCGGGCCGAGAUCUCCAGAGCGGGACUCUAACACGAGAGUCUCGAGAAGAGCAGAGUCAAGCCGGUAUGACCACACUGGAUUCCGCAGAGAUUCAGCACAUGUACCGUCUCAACUCGAAGUACAAGGAACGCUUUGGCUUCCCUUUUGUAAUCUGCGCCCGCCUCAACAACAAAGCGGAUAUUGUGCGUCAACUGAAUGAACGCCUGAAGAAUGACCGCGCGUCGGAGCGGGAGCGCGCGAUCGAAGAGGUUAAAAAAAUCUGUAGCCUCAGGUUAAACAAUAUUGUCCUAUCUGACAUUCAAACCAAACUGUAACUCAAGUUAACUUUACAAAAGUGUUUACUGCCUCUCUCUAGGUAGCUACUUGAUUGUAGCCUAUAUCAUUUUAAUUUGUAGGCCUAUGUUAAUUUGUGUAAAAUAAGAAAACACAAAAAGCAAUAUGCUGACAAAUAAAUUGAUCCAUAUCUCAUGCCGUUUAAAGGGAUAGUUCACCCAAAAAAAUAAAAUUUUGUCAUUUAUUCACCCUCAAGUUGUUCCAAACCUGUAUAAAUGUAUUUGUUCUGCUGAACACAAAGGAAGAUAUUUGGAAGAAUGUUUGUAACCAAACAGAUCUCUCCUCCCAUUGACCAUAUAAGGGAAAAAAUACUAUCGGGGCGAGAUCUGUUUUCAUUUAGGUGAACUAUCCCUUUAAGGGCCCCUAAAUCAAUAAGAUAAUAUUUAGCCUACAAUUUUGUGAUAUAAUUGCGCUAAUAAUAAAAUUAAGUGAUAAAAACGGCAGUGUCAUGUUUUUUUGUCAACGUACUCCCCAUAGUGAUCCUAAAAACUUUGGGUUAUGAGAGCAAAAAAAUUGCCUAAUCGGGAGUAUAGUCUUUUAGUCAUAGCCUAUAUGGGUUGCUUUGAUUUAUUAUUUAUUAUUUUUGAUUGCAACAAAUUAUAACAAAUGAUAUGACUCCACCCUGCCCAUAUGCUUUUAAUUGUUUUAUAGGCUAUAGCUGUAAGAAUUUUAUUGGAAGAAUGUUGUAAUGAUAGAGGUAUGUAUUUAAAUUAAGAAGCUAUUUAUUGUCUAUCUAUACAAAUGAAUACAUUCAAAUUUUAAUAAAGUCCAAGAACAUAUUUGA